AAAACCGUGUCACUAAUCAAAAUUUUGGGAAGGCUGCCAUGUUAUCACUACUGUCAUUUCAAAAUGACGCUGCGGCUCCAAAAGUUUAUGGGUUUACUGGUUUUUUUACUGGUUUUAUGUCUUUUUGAUGAUGCUUUUGCUUUAAAAUGCUAUGAUUCAGAAAUGCAGACGGCAAAUUGUGAACCUAUUCAAUUAUGGUGUAUCAAGUUUAUAAAUGGUUCUACAAUAACUCGUGGAUGUGCAAAUGUGAACGACUACUGUUAUGAUGAGGAUGAAGGAUGCUACCCGACACGCGAGGAAAAUGGCGUCACACAAAAAUGGUGUUGCUGCCAAAAAGACAUGUGCAAUUCAGUAAAUUCUCCCAUGGCACUUUUUUCAGUUUUCUUUAUAGUUGUUUCGUUGUGGGUAUACUUUUGAAGCUUUAUUUUCAAUUUUAGUUUUUUUUUUAAUUUUGAAUUCUUUCAACAUAAAUAAAUAAACUGAACAACUAUGAGGUUAUAAAAAAAAAUAAACAAUGCAUUGAAU